AUGCUGAAAGCUAUGAUGAAUAGCGAAGUAUCAGAAGAUGACUCCUCUUCUGAGUCAAGCCAGUUUAUGUUACCAGCAAUUCCUAGCUUGAUGCUUGAAGAGAACACAAACAUAAUUCGCAAUGAAAUCAGUGACAUUAGCAACAACACUGACCUUGAUGAGCCCAUGUACAAUAUUGAAUAUGAGAGCAACAUGGGAGAAUCAGCUGACAUGGAUGGAACCGAAAGUGUCACCUCUCCUUUGGUUUUUGAUUUCAGCCAACCUUCUCCUGUUCCAAGCAACAAUGAUGCAAAGAACCUGGAGUUUAUUAGAAUCAUCAAUGACUUUGGCAUUUCUCAUCAAGCCCACAAGAAGCUUGCUGCGGAUCUCAACAGCAUUCUAGGGAUGUCAACUGAGAUAACAUACAGAGUGUAUAUACCAUACCUGAGCAAGGAGCUCUUGAAGCAUUUCUCUGGUGUAGAGAAAACAGUGUAUAACGUCUGCCAAAGCAGAUGUAUGAUGUUUAAUGAGGCAGAGGAGGUCGCUUGCAAACAUUGUGGUGAAGCUCGCUACAAAAGCGACAAAACAGAUAAGGAUGGUAUGGCCAUUGCUGGGAAAACUAUGGUUCAGAUUUCUUUGGCCAGGAAAAUUGCCCUUUCUUUGGCCAACAGUGGUACCAGACACAAGAUGUUAUACCGUCACAAUCAUGAGCAAAAGGCAGAUGGUAGCAAGGCAGACAUUUUUGACGGGCACGCAUACCAGUCAAUCAAACAUCUUUUAUCUAGUGAAAACAAUGUUGCAAUUUCUUUGUCUGUCAAUGGAUUUGUGCCCCAUAACGUCCCCGGUUCGAUUACUAUUCUGCACGCCAUAGUUCUUAAUCUUCCUCCAAUGGUCCGUUAUGAGAAAAGCCGGAUGUUGCAAAUUGCAAUGAUUUCAGAUCCUUCCAUACCACUUGACUUUUGCUUCCAAAACUUUGAACCAGCAAAUUUGUCUAGCAAGGGUCUUGUAGGACAAUCUCCUCUUUCUUCACUGACAUCAUUCACGGGCCUGCUCUUUUUUACCCUUGACAAGAUGCAUGGCCUUUGCCAUGGAAUAGGCAAACAGGUCUGGGAACUUAUUGGUGGAAAGUAUGGAAUUAAACACUCUUUGUUUCUUCCUGCCAAUGUACUUAACAAAAUCGGGGUGGAAAUGGCAGCAACAAGAAAAACAGCUCUAACAGCAUUUCAUGGCUCUUGGAGAAACGUAUCCAAGUACAGUGGAUACUUCAAGGCUGUAAAUUGGGUCAACUUCCUUCUCUUCAUUGUCCCUACACUGGUGGCUGAGUGUGUAAGAGAUACAACUGCCAGAAAAGCAUUGCUUGGACUUGUGCAAGCUUAUAACUUACUCAUGAGCUGGGAGUUAUCAGCAGAGGAACAAACCUCUAUAAAAAGAUAUGUUUAUGCCUUUGGUCCUCCACGCUCAUACAGCACAAGAUCAGUAGAGCGUGCUAUUGGCAAGUACUCUUGCGCCAUCAAAAGCAAUUCAGCAAUUGGCAUAAAUGCUGGAAACAUAAUGGUCUGGCUGGCUCAUACACGGCGAUUGUUGACUGAUUCUGAAGGAGGCAAACAGAGAGGUAUUGUAUUACAGUAUGAGGAUAUGUCUGCUGGUUGGCCGAUUACUAGCAAGGGCGAGUGUGCUAGUGCACAUUCUGAUAUUAAGUUCUGGGGACCUUUAGAAUAUAAAACAAUUGUUGACAGUUUCGAAGACAUUUCUUGUCUUCCAAUUCUUAUUCGAGACUUUUAUAGAUCAAAGGGGGUGGAAUGCGGGACGAUUGAACCAGCUAUAAUAACUAGCCGCAAAGCUUUUAUUAAUGGCUGUGUGAUUGACUCCUCAUUUUCCCAAAAAACAUUAAGAGAGGCACAUCACGUUUGUCUUCAGGUGCAAGUCGAUCUGUUCACAAAUGUAUGUUGCCGAUACACUCCUGUGGCAAAAGACUUCUUUGGAAAAGUAAUUCUUUUCUUCGAACAUGAGAAUUCUGGUAAAAGGUGGCCCCUUGUUUUGGUGCUGAUAUAUAGCACUGUAUUAUACAAUGACAUUCUGGUGGUAGUAAAUGGUCAGCUCAAACCAAAGGUAGUCCACCUGGCAGACGUCAAGGAGUUGUGUGACCAGAACUUAACCGUGGCCCAAAAUUAA